AUGCUUGCUGUUUCUUGUACAUUGAGUCUGAUGGGUGAUGUUCCACAUUAUCCAUGGCGUAAUUGUCAAUGUCAACGAGGAGGAGAACGAGGUGGACAUUGCCAUUGUCCAGACAAUGCGAGGAUGCCCAACACUUAUUGUCGAUAUGGUGGAAAUCAUUGGAUUUGUUUUCCUUUUGGUCGUCGUCGUCGUUCAGUUUCUUCAGAAGAAAUUCAUGAACACAAUUAUCAAUGA